CUGAACUUAAGCUAAUGACAGAUAUGAAUGAGUACUUGAUAGUUGAGAAGGGUAUUCGUGGAUGUAUGACAAUGAUCUUAUAUGAUGAUAUGAAUGCUUUAUAUUCAGAUGCGAUGACUCAAUACAUGCCUACAGAAAUAUUGAAAAAAGUAAGCCCAGAACAGAUUCUGGACAUACAAAGUAUUGCACCAGAUACUGAAAUAGGAUAUACAUUAGAAGUUGAUCUAGAAGCUUCAGUGCACUUGCAUGAUUUCUUUGCGGAUUAUCCUUUAGCAUCAAAAAAGCAGAUAGUUUCAGAAGAAUGA